AUGGCACCACCCUGGGUCACUUUCGAUACCACUGAGUCUUUUGGCGGAGAUUGUGGUAACGGAGCUGAGCCUGACAUCGCUGGCAUUAGUGUUGUCAUUUCCUUUGUCAUUGCGAGCUUCAUGACCACGUUUGCCUCGAUUUUUGCUAUGCUUCUCGAUCAAGCUUUCGAUACCAAAGGCCAAUUUACUCCGCGCGCACCACUAAGAUUUAUUCGCGAACGUUUUUUAGAACAAGAAUGGAAGAAGCAUUACGCAUGGCGUCCUUUCCUGGGCCCGCUAAUCAUAGGCCUAGGUGAUCAGCAGCUCAUCACAGGAUACGCUGUAUUGCUCAGUGGAUGGAUAAAAGUAUAUGAGAAGGCCUUCAGAGUCCAAGGCGCCCAUUUUGUCCUAAUCCUAUACAUCUGCGCUCUGUCGUCAUCCUCUCACCUCGCUGCCCUCAUAACACUACGCAAAUACUUUCAAAGGUACAAACUCAUUGCAAAGAUCCGACUCAUACUCGUCGUCUGCUUCGCAAUGUUUCUUAUGACUUCCAUGAUGGCUGCAAUUGCCCUAUCACCAACAAUGCGUUUAUCGUUACUGGCACCGUUUUUUCUCAUAAUCAUUGGCUUCUCGACAGCGCUAGUGUGUAUCUUGUACAAUCCAGAAGGCCUUGAAGUUGAGUCUCCACUAUCUUCCUCAGAAACUUCUUUCCAAGCUCUCGUACGUCGCAGAUUCGUGUUCCGAACACUAUUUCCAGCUCGGUUCGGCAUACAGCUCAUGUAUUACAUCUUUCUCAAUCCAAAAAUUGCGUUUGUAGUCCAGAUACUAUUGGCAAUCCUUUCUGCAAUCUUAGUCUUGACUCAAAAGUUCGCGGCUCCUGAGGAUCCGGCAAGGCUUUGCGGUUUACAUGACGAUGAAGAAAACGCAUGGGGCUUCGGGCAGACAUUGAGUGUGACUAUGCUUCUGUUACCGGCUAUUUCAGCACUUCAAAAAUACUUGGAAGCAAGACAAGAUAUCAGCGAGGGGUUCAGGAGUACGAACGUCUGA